AUGGCCACCAGUCAAUCGCCUGGAUCGAUCCUAAAUGACGCAUUCCGCAAGCUCAAGGACUCGGUGACCUCUGCCGAUGCAAUCUCCUUCCAGAAAACUGAGCUUGAAGAUGUCUGGAAGACGGCGGAAGAGAUCCAGAAGACUCAGAGGGCGAGGCAGUCUGUGCAGGCACUGCGGCGUAUCCAACCGUUGUUGGAAAAUCUGGAGAAGUAUUCCAAAGUCGUUGAAGUCCUGUGCAACGGCACUCCAUUCCUCCCUUGGAUCUGGGCCCCAAUCAAAUUGAUGGUUCAGCUGGCCAGUGGGCACACCAAGAUAUUCGAUCAGCUCCUGGACGCGUACGCCGAAAUCGCCGCGGCAAUGCCCCAUUUUGAUCGGUUGCAAGCCGGAUUCUCCGACGACGACAACUUCAAAGUUAUCCUGGCACUUGUGUACGCUGAUAUUCUCGAGUUUCACCAACGUGCAUACAAGCUUUUCAGAAGACGGUCGUGGCAUAUUCUGUUUGACUCAUUGUGGAAGUCGUUCGACAGCCGAUUCAGUGGAAUACUUGCCAAUCUGUCCAAGCACAAAGAAAUGCUCAUGAAAGAAGCAAUAGCUAUUGAUAUUGUGGAAGCGAGAAAAUGGAGGACUCGCGCGGCAGAAGAGCUAGACAAGCAAGAGAAGGGGCGAAAUCAAAUCUAUAUUAGUGAUACUCUUGCAUGGCUUAAUAUCCAACAGGAAGACCAGGAAGAUGAACUCGACAGACUCCUGGCAAAGAGGCAGCCCGGAACUUGUGAUUGGGUCUUCAGGCAUCCGAAGUUUGUCACUUGGAAAACUGAGGCGCAUGCAGAACGAGUUCUCUGGAUGAAUGGAAUUCCUGGAGCAGGCAAAACAAUCCUAACCUCCUACAUCAUCGACAAACUCCAAAAUGACUCCAAAACCAUCACGAUUGCAUACAUAAUCUGUAACUCCUAUACAAGUGGAAAAAACAUCUUGUCUGAGACGAUGCGAGGCCUAGCCGCACAAUUGCUAAGGGCAAACCCAGACAUUAUGCCAUAUGCGUUUGACAACUAUGCCAACAAGGCGCUCCCGCCCUCCGUGUCACACGUGAGGAAGCUUCUAUCGGAGAUCUUGGGCAUGAUUCCAGAGACCUUUUUAUUUAUUGACGGCUUGGAUGAAUAUACCGAAUCUCAGCAAAGGUCCAUCCUUACCGAGGUCCUUCCACUAACCAGAGUAACUGGUGGGACAUGCAAGGUGCUGCUGUCUUCGAGAGACGUACCCAGCAUUUCGAAGAGGAUGAAGAGCAAACCACGUAUCUCACUGCGAGACGAGUACUCGGGCGUCGAGGAAGACAUCCAGAAGUAUCUAGCGGAAGAACUGCAAGAGAUCAAGGAGAGAUUUGAGGGCAAGGAGAACGAGAUGGAGGAAAUUAUUGAGGUUAUCGCUCUGAAAGCUGAUGGCAUGUUUCUCUGGGUCAGAUUAAUCCUAGACGAAUUGAGGAAGUGCUAUAGUAUGGAUGAGCUCAGGAAAACCGUUGAAGGAUUGCCCAAAGGGAUCGAUGAAGCCUAUGGCCGAGUCCUUGAGCGCAUCACCAAGGAAAUGGACGUGGAUGAAUAUGCAAAAGCCAGGCGUAUUCUCGAGUGGCUUGCUUGCUCCUGUCGGCUGAUGAAGAUACACGAGGUCCAGGACGGUAUUGCAUUUCAUGCCGACAAUCUGGUCCUGAACGAUGAUACAAAAUUUUCGCCCGCAGUUUUGGACCUGUGCAGACCACUGAUUGAAGAAGGACCGAACAAUACCAUUGACUUUGUCCAUUACUCCGCAAAAGAAUACAUUCUCGAUAAAGCCUCUGGGCCAUUGCUGUGGGAAUCUCAAGCACACUACGACCUGGCAUUUGCUUGUAUUACAUAUUUGAACACGUCUUUCUGCUUCUACCAAUACGCAUCAUCUCACCACAUUGUGCGGACAAAAGUUGCGAAAGGUUUCCACGGACUGCAUAACUACGCAACUGAGUAUUGGUUUCAGCACCUGCUUCUCUGCUCGCGAGAGCUGGAGAGGCUGGAUGAACGGCAUCUCAUAACCGAAGCCCUUAAGACACUUCAAGCUCAAUUCUGGAAGGCUCAGCCUGGUACUGCUGCCAAGAAUCUUAAAUUGGAUGACACCACAACCGCGAAUGAGAUAAGUGAGGAGCUGUCAUCAUUUGGAGACUAUGAGUCUUUUCGGCAAGUGGGAGUCGACAUUGCGACGUUUCGGGCACACUUAAUUCAGGAGAAACAUGCACAUGAAGUUGCAGAGAAGCAUCAUGCCUACGAAAUCGAACACGACCCGACCCAUUUCAGCGCGAUCACCAAGCGCUAUCAAGAAGUCGUCUUGUUUCUGCUAACCUGCAGUCCUGAGGACGUCUCGGACGAUAUCGAUCUCGAGAUCUUGAACACAUUCCGCAAAGUGUACGGAGAAUCUGAAUUCACGUGUCGGUUUCACGAAUGCCCUUAUCAUUCGGACGGGUUCCAAUCAAUCCAGGAUCGGAAUCAACAUGAACAAACCCAUAUGAAGACGCUUCGUUGCGCGGAUCCGUCUUGCGAGUUUUUUGCUCGAGGAUUUACAAGUAAAACAGGUUUGCAGAAGCACAACCGAAAGUAUCAUCCCACCCCCGAUGAAGUCGAACUCCCCAAGUUUGUGCCGGUAAGGCCGGUCACUCCCCCGCCCGUAUUCAUUCCGCCGCCUCCCCCCAGAUCUCCUACGCCUCCGUUGUUUCGUAUGCCUAUACCUCCUGCAUCGGCGCCGCUUCGACCAGUCGUUCAACCUCAGUCUGAGAGGUGCGAGCGGAUCAAGAAGGUGCGACUGAAAAGAGGUAAAAGAGGGCUUCGAGUUCAUGCCUGUGAAUCAUGCACGAAGGUAUUCUAA